GGGCGGCGGCGGCGGCGGCGGCGGCGGGGCGCUGCCCGCGGGCUGCGCGGCGCCGAUGCGGGGCUGAGGAACGGAGAGCCCUGCGGCAUGGGCGCCUGACGCCCGGUGCCGUCCCGCCGCCGAGGGACGAUGGCGCGGCCCCGCGGCGGGCGGUGGCUGCUGGGGGUGCUGCUCGCCCUGUGCCGCCUGGCCGCGCCGCUCGCCAAGAGCCUGGAGCCCGUCUCUUGGAGCGCCGGCAACCCCAAAUUCAUGAGUGGGAAAGGGUUGGUCAUCUACCCAGAGAUUGGGGACAAACUGGACAUUAUCUGCCCCAAGGCGGAGCCGUCCAAGCCUUACGAGUACUACAAGCUGUACCUGGUGAAAAAGGAUCAGGCAGAUGCCUGCAGCACUGUCAUGGACCCCAAUGUGCUGGUGACGUGCAACCGGCCCGAGCAGGAGAUCCGCUUCACCAUCAAGUUUCAGGAGUUCAGCCCCAACUACAUGGGCCUGGAGUUCAAGCGGCAGCAGGAUUACUUCAUCACAUCCACCUCUAAUGGGACACUGGAUGGCCUGGAGAACCGGGAAGGAGGGGUCUGCCAGACGCGCUCCAUGAAGAUCGUCAUGAAAGUGGGGCAGGAUCCGAAUGCGGUGAUCCCGGAGCAGCUGACGACGAGUCGGCCCAGCAAGGAGGCAGACAACACCGUGAAGAUUGUGACACAGAGCCCACGCCACAAAGUCCCCACGGUGGAGGAGCCUGGCAAGCCAGGCUCCGUCAACCAGAACGGCCAGGAGACCCAAGGUCCCAGCGACGGGUUCUUGAGCUCCAAGGUCGCCGUUUUUGCCGCCAUUGGCGCAGGCUGCGUCAUCUUCAUCCUCAUCAUCAUCUUCCUCGUCGUCCUCCUGAUCAAGAUCCGCAAGCGGCACCGGAAGCACACGCAGCAGCGGGCCGCAGCCUUGUCCCUCAGCACCUUGGCCAGCCCCAAAUGCAGCGGGAACGCCGGCUCAGAGCCCAGCGACAUCAUCAUCCCCUUACGGACUACAGAGAACAACUACUGCCCGCACUACGAGAAGGUGAGCGGGGACUACGGGCACCCCGUCUACAUCGUGCAGGAGAUGCCCCCUCAGAGCCCAGCCAACAUUUACUACAAGGUGUGAGGAGCAGCCUGGGCACGCCACGCAGGAGCGCCCAGUGGGGCCGGCAGCGGGAGGCAGCGUGCCCGGCCAUGGCACGGCACGGCGCGGGAGCACAGGGGUCUGGCGCCUGGCAGCGCCGUGCUCACCCGUGCGCUGCCUCUCCCUCUUUGUAUUUAGUUUUGUAGUUCUCAGCUUUUGUAAUCCCAAGACUUUGAGGGUGAGCUGCCAGCAUCCUCCUCUCCUGCUCCGGACUGUGGUUGCAGCGCGCGCUCUGCCUUCCCGCGCCCGCCUGCACGCCUCCGGCACCCGCGGACUCCCACCUCCCCUUCUGCACUUUGGGAUUUCCCCUCGUCGCCUCCACGCCAAGUGCCCGUGCAGGGGCCUGGGAGCUGCGAUGGACGCCGAGAGGAGCAGCGAGGAGCCCUGGGAGGAGGAGGAUGCUUCGCCCAGGUGCCGAGAUGCAGAGAACUGUGCAGGGAGGAAGCUGGCAAACCCGAUUUACUACUACUACUAUUAUUAUUAUUAUAAUUAUUUUAAUUUUUUUGUAACAUUUUUAUUUUUGUGAAUCAUGGCGGGACCCCCCGCCCUGGGCACAUGCCACAGCCUCCUUCCAGCACGCCGUCCUGCUGGCGCAGGCAGAUUCGCCGCUGCCGUUUUAAACUUUUGUGUUCGUAGCUGUUGACUCUUGUUUUAGUCUCUUUAUAAAAAGAAAGACAGAAAAAAAAAUCACAUAAAUGAUGUCUCAAGCAUUCAGCGCGUGGGGGUCCGAGCACUCCUGCCCAUGGAGCAGCAGCAAUCCUGGGCAUUCACAGGGCAUCUUCCUGCCCAGGGCUCCGGGCAGUGUGGGGCAGAGGAAGGCUCCAUGCAGGUUCCCGUCAGGCUGGGACUGCUGGAAGCAAAAUGUGGAGCAGCUGUGGGUGGAGGGAGGGCAGGGCUGACAGCACGUCCCUUGUCACCGCUCCCAUCCCAGAGCUGGGGCUGCAGGUGGCUGGCCCGGGGUGCAGCCCUGCAGCACUUCUCCUUGGAAAGGAAAACUGGAAAACAAUCAUACAGGACAUUGCCAGGAGCAAGCUGAUGUCUGGGUCACCAUCCAUCCAUCCUUCCAUCCAUCCUUCCAUUCGUCCACCCAGGCAGGGCUGCUCGCCCUCGAGGAGCUUCACCUCCUCCUUGUCACCUCAGCCUCAUCGUGCCCUGGCUCGUGUUUGCAGGGGAGGUACUGCAGUGCCACAGUGCUCAGUGCUCCACAUGCAGCCAUCCCGCAGCCACUGAUGCAGUUUCUCAAAGCCCAGCACCCCUGGGCGCUCACCCAGCCCCUCCAUCACACCGCACUGUGCCACUGCCUGGCCCAUCUCAUGCCUGGAAGUGGAAGGGCUGAGCUUUGGGCUGUCCUGGUGGGACGCUCCCAGCUCUCUGCCACCCUGGAUGCACACUGGGGCCGGUGAUGGCAGCCCUGUGCCCUGCUUGUCUCAGCCCUUGCGUUCCUUUUUCCUUUCAGAAGUAGCUGCUUUUGCUCAGGGAGUGAGUGCGGGGCGAGGGGGGGCUGCUGCCUGCCGUGUGCCCCCGGCCCCGCUUCUCGCCCUGCUCUGGGCACGUGCCUGCGGCCCCAAACCAGGCUGCAAAGUGCCCAAAGAGCGAGAGAGCUGCUCUGCCAAAGUGCCUUGAUGAGGAGAGGGCCGGGGGUGGCAGGAGGGGGCAGCCCUGCUGUGCCAUCGGGGAGGGGCUGGGGCAGGAGUGUGGUCCUGAGCGGAGCGUUCCUUUGUGUUGCUUUGGUUGUGUUGUUUUGAGGUCGGGAUGGAGCAGUGUGGGCAACCCCAGCUCCGCUCCCCUCCUCUCUGUGGGCAUCCCUUUCUCCUCACCCCCCACAGAACACCUCCAGACCCCCUCAGCCCUUUGCCUUCCCCUACGGGUGUCUAUGCAGAUGCUGCGCUGUGCCGGCGCUGCCCCACGCUGUGGGCUCUGCUCUCCAUCGCGGUAAAUUGUGUCUUAAAAAAAAAUAAUAAUUUAAAGCAAAGCCCUCAAAUUCCCCCAAAAUAAUGGUAUGGAAGUCCCCAGGGGCUGUGGCAGCAGGGAGGGAGGUGAUAUAUGGAGGGAAGGGCUGGGCAAGGAGCCCCAUGCCAAAAGCCAGCGGCCGCGUCCUCGUGGCGGCCACCGAGCAGCUGCAUCCCCUUCUGCAGCUCCGUGGUGGCACUGGGGUGUGGGUGGUGAUGGGCAGACCUUGUAAAUAGGUGUGCAGGGAGUGGGGAGUGGAGCUUUUGGGUCUGGCUGAGCCCCCAGUGCUGUGCCCUGGCACACAGCAUCCCUUUCUGCUGCUCGCUGAGAGCGCUGCGCUUGGUUUUGGGUUGUUGGUUUUUUGGUUGUUGUUUUUUUUUUUUUUUUUCUUUUUUUUUCUUUUUUUUCCCGUUGUUGUUUCCUUUUUGUUUCGUUUGGUUCGUGUAAAUAGUAGUCUUUUUUGGAAGAAAUAAUGUAAAGAUGUUUUGUAUAAACUCUGAAUUAUUUUCUGGUUGCUUUUUCUUAGAAAAAACAAACAAACAAAAAAAAGAGAACUAAAAAAAAAAAAAAAGGAAAAAAAAAAAAGAAAAAUUUAACCAUGAGAACGGGUGUAAAACAUUGUCAUACUGCAAUCCACCCUGAGCCCCUGCGGGGGUCCCACAGUGCCCCUCGGGGGGGUGCUGGGUGCUGCUGUGCAGAGUGCUCCCCGUGCCCCACUGCAGGAGGGUGCUGAGUGCAGGCUGAGGGCUGGGAAGUGCAACAUCAGCAAAAGGAGCAUCCCAUUCGUCUUUCUUUUUUUUAAAAAACCCAUCAAAGCAGAUAGAAACCCCCAAACCUCCGUGCAGCAUCCAGAGGUCCUGCUCUGCUGUUCCAGCCCUGCAGAGCUGCUGCUGUUGCAUGGCCUCUUUUUCCCAUUGCCCCUUUUUUUAUGGGCAGGGGGCAGCCCAAGGAAGGGGGUGGCACUGUCCCCAGUGCAGAUGGUGGCCCUGGGCACCCCAAGUCCCGGCUGCCCCCAGGAGCCCGUGCUUUAAACCCACAUGGCAUCCGCAAAGGGAAACAAGUGGGCAGCCCCAAACCUGCACCCUGCACAGCAGCACCCCGCACCACGCCCGCAUUUCAGAGCUGUGCCCAUGCGCACCCCCUGCAUAGCAUCCUUCAUGGGGUCCCUGCAGGCACACGCAGGGAUGGGGGGCGAUGCCACUGCCCCGUGUACCCCCCCACAACGUGGGCUUUUGUUUCUUCUCGUCAUGUCCCUCCUUUCUCUCCCUCUCGCCUUCUCCCGGCUCUCCCUAGCAUAUCAUCGCCAUCGGUAACCCGCUCUGUGGCAGCUGAGCACCAUGGAGCCGUGAUGGAACCUGAUAUAUUGUUAAAUAAAAGGUUUUUUUUCCUAUGGAAA